UAUACCAGAACAGGAGAGAAAACAUAAUAAAGUAAAAAAUAAAAUAAAUAAAACGACACAAAUAGGAAGGAAGAUUGGCAUUACCAAAUCGAUCCAGUGUUUCCGAUAAUCAAUUCCAAAUAGAAAUCUGUACGAACAUGGCUUUCUUUAAGUUUGCGCUCGUGAGUUUGGUCAUUGUCAAUGCUGCAUUCGCAUCGCCUUUGGUUCAAUAUCCACAGCACGAAGAGCAACAGGAAGUUGCUUAUGAGGAAAACGAUGCGGGACAGCAAGAAACUGAAGCUGAAAGCAAAGGAAUAGAAUAUGAUCAUCACGUAGAUUAUUAUGCACCACCAAAAUACGUAUAUAAAUAUGGAGUGAACGAUUACCACACCGGCGAUAUCAAAUCGCAGCAGGAAUCCAGAGAUGGUGAUGUCGUCAAGGGCAGUUACUCCGUGGUUGAACCAGAUGGUACCAUCCGCACCGUCGACUACACAGCUGACAAACACAGCGGUUUCAAUGCCGUCGUCCACAAAUCGGCACCAAUCAAACGCCAGGAAGAAUCUCAACAGCAGCAACAACAUUACGAAUACCAAUAAUCCAUACCAAAAUAACUAACAACAUUUAAUUUAAUUCAUAUGUCACAAUUACGGAUUGUUAUACACAAAACACUACUACUUAUAGUAUUUACAACUGUAAUCGUUAAAGUAUUUAGUAAGAUU